AUGCUGAAAGCGCGGAUUAAAAUAUUUACUGCAGCGGAUAGAAAGAAUGAGAUAUCCCGGUUCGUAUACGUGUCACAAGGGCCUGUGCACUCUGUGCGAGAUGCAAAAGAGGAAAUAGAGGCGAUCUUUUUCAGAGCGUUGAAUAUAAAAAAACACAUAUUGAGCAUUGCAGAUUCUGAAGGCUAUAUAUUCAGCGAGUGGCUGCCUAUUGAUAAAGUGUUUAGUGAUAAAGUAAGUUUGUAUCUGUGUGAUGAAUCAUGCAAUAAGUGCAAAAAUAACGAGGUGGAAGAGUACACCUAUGAAACAGAGGAAGAGUCAAAGGAGAAACAAGAACAGGUGGAAAUAAAAAUAGAAGUUCCUCCUCCAGUAGAAAGUAAGCAGAAAGCUCUACUAAUACCAAAGAAAACAAGCAUGCUUUCAUCUAUUGCAUUUAAAAGAGACUUUAAACGCCCACCAUUCACCGUGCACUCGGGAAAACCCAUAGAAAAAGGAACCAGCCCACAGAAAGAAAGUACAGCCACACCCACUAAAAGUGAAGGGGUUGGCAGUAUUUCAGAGAAGAAAGUUUCCUCAGUAAAUAUUAAUGAAAGCACAUAUGAAGUGAACAACAUUGUAAAGGCAAGCACUCUAAAAGGCGCCUCAAGCCACACAAAAGAAAAUGAAUGCGAUGAAGCCACAGACGACGCAAGCAGCACAAAUAUACCUUCUACUUGCUACAGCACAUCUGCAGACGAAGGCGCGUCUGACAGCAGCACUGGGAGGAAAUACAUUCUGAAAAGAUCCUUGCAAAUGCAGCCAGUUCGAAAAAUGCAGGUGCCUACAAGCCGAUAUGGAAAGAGAAAAUAA